GCGGCGGGCGGGCGGGAGCCGAGUGCCCCGUGUGCACGUGUGGUGGCGCGGCGGCGGGCGGGCGACACCCCCGCCCCCUCGGAAGGAAGGCGCAGGGCCGCGCUCGGCUCUCGCGGCCUCCGUCACCCGCUCGGCGCCCAGCCCGAGGCGAGGAGGCCGGCUGGUGGGGUUGGCGUGGCCCGAGCCCAGGGCGCCGAGAGCUCAGGGCGGCGGCGGCGGCGGCGUUGAGAGCGGCGGGAACAACGGCCUCGGCGGGCAGGGAAGAUGAAAGGUAGCCGGAUCGAGCUGGGAGAUGUGACACCACACAAUAUUAAACAGUUGAAGAGAUUAAACCAGGUCAUCUUUCCCGUCAGCUACAAUGACAAGUUCUACAAGGAUGUGCUGGAGGUUGGUGAGCUAGCAAAACUUGCCUAUUUCAAUGAUAUUGCAGUAGGUGCAGUAUGCUGUAGGGUGGAUCAUUCACAGAAUCAAAAGAGACUUUACAUCAUGACACUAGGAUGUCUGGCUCCAUACCGAAGGCUAGGAAUAGGAACUAAAAUGUUAAAUCAUGUCUUAAACAUCUGUGAAAAAGAUGGCACUUUUGACAACAUUUACCUGCAUGUGCAGAUCAGCAAUGAGUCAGCAAUUGACUUCUACAGAAAAUUUGGCUUUGAGGUUAUUGAGACAAAGAAGAACUACUAUAAGAGAAUAGAGCCCGCAGAUGCUCAUGUGCUGCAGAAAAACCUCAAAGUCCCUUCUGGCCAGAAUGCAGAUGUGCAAAAGACAGACAACUGAUCAAAUGACAAAUGAACUUUCUUGCACUUGCUUGUCGCCAAAUAAAAGAGAGGCCCAUUGAUUCCCCCCCCCCUUUCUUUUAAAGCUUUUCACCCUCCUUUGUCCUUUCCCCCCCUUUUUUUCCUUUCCUCUUAAAAUUUUUAAUAUGUUCAAGGACUUAAAAUUAAUCAUGUUUGGAUUGUUUCAGUUCUCUUUUUUUUUUUUUCCUUUUUAUUUUUGGUGAGGUGGUUUGACAAUAGGAAAGAAAAAUAUACAUUAGUUUCACAGUUAAGCUAUAUGGGUCUUUAAAAUUUGAGUAUAAAUUUCAAAUUUUUUUAGCCUUUUUUUUAAUGUCCUGCUUUCACAUUGAAGGGCAGAGCCUACAAAUUAUCGUAUAUUUCAAAAAACAAAAAAACAGCAAUAUUUUGUUUUCUAACUCAUAGACAAGUUUAGUGUGUUUGUGGUACUUUGGGUUUUUUAAGACUGUGGGAUGCUAAUCCCUGGACAUUGCCUUCACUCCACCUCUUUCCUUCUGAGUACUAUAUCAGGAGUUUAGACCAUUUGUUAUCCUUAUAAGAAAUACUAAGCUUAUUUUGUUUUUUUGAAAGCAAUUAUUUCUUCUUCGAUGAAAGUUAAGGGUGGGUGGGAGAGUUUUGGUAGAUAGUGUCAAAAACAUUGUUCUCAGUAUUUGAGUUAAACUGCAUUUUGCUAAUGAGUGAACUGGUUUUUAGCAGGUUUGGUUUUCCUGCGGUUGAUUAUUAGUGGCAUUAACUUUUAGAGUGUGGGCUGGUGAGAUUAAUUUUUUUUAAUAUCCCAGCUAGAGAUAAUGGCCUUUAACUGACCUAAAGAUGUUUGUUGUGAUUCACCCCCCCCCCCCCAGUCUUUUUUGUUCAGUAAACCCACAAUAGAUAGUCUAACUUUGAAAAUGAAGUUGAUAGUGUCCUUAUAGGUCAAUAUCUCUAAAUAAGCCUGAAGCAGGUGUUUUCUCUUGGACAUAUUAAAAAAUACCUAAAAGGAAGCUUCAAGGAACUUGUGGCACAAUAAAUGCAUUUAAUGUUAGCUACUCCGGAUUGUUUAAAAUUUGGCCACUGAGCAUUUGAUUAUAUAGGAAAGAAUAUCUAGUCAGUAUUUUUGAGAAUAAUAUAGCUGUGCUAUUGCUUAUCUGUUGGAGAACAUCCCAGAUUUGCUUACAUUCUGUGCCUAUUAUAGUAAGGAUUUGGGGGAGGGAGAAUUGUUGAACAUAACCGUUUUUAUUCUUGGAAAAAUAGAAGCCUAGAAGUGUUAAUAAUGCAAGUGUCACUGUGACUUCCUCUUCUUCACAGGACUGGUUUAUGCCAGAUCAUUUAAUGACACAUAGGGACUGGCUUUGAUUGGGUUGAUAUUUUUUGUGAGAUAAGGGACAUCUGGCAUUUUCAUUUUUCCUCCAUAGUCCCAUCUCCAGUAUUUAAAAAAAUUUAGAUUGCCAGUACUGUGGCCCAAGUAACGUUCUGAUUAGACAUUGAAAAUGCACAAGGUUUGACAUUUCUGUCAUCUGACUUUUAAGUGAAGAUUAAUUUAGUUUCAGGAAAGUUCUGGCAUAAAAGACUCAUUUCUCCCAACAUGUUAAGUAUCAGAAUUAUUUUACACGACGUUUAUGCACAUUUUUGAGAAUGUGAAAGUUAAAAGUACAGUAGACUUCUAUAGUCUUAAUUGAGUGCCAAGCGUAAUACAGAAAAGGAAGAUAGUUGUCGAAUGAGUGUGUAGGGUCCUAAUCUUAAGAUAGCAAAAUUAUAGAAAGACCAUACUGAUUUCUUGAGUCUCAGUUUCUUAAGCAGUCCAAAUCUAAGCUUAGAAGAAAAGUUUAGCAUUAAGCACCUUUAAAACUUCAUGGAUAAGUUUCAGCUUGCUCUUGCCAAGACUAAGUGUGUGAGUUACAGAAGGGAAAAUUAGUUUGAAGAAUUCAGCCUUUUUGUAAACUUCCAGAUAUCAAAAUAGAUUUUGAUAUAUAAAUGAGUUUUCUGAGAUGACACUGCCUCUAUUUCUAUAACCAUUUCACCUGGACUAUCUAAUCAGUCCUAUGAAUGUAUCCCUAAAUGUGGUUAUUGAAAACCGAGUACCUGCCUCAUGACAAUUAAGUACAUAUUAUUUAAGGAGGAAAAAAUAAUAAAUUUUGAAUUGAGUGUGUAGGCUCCCUAUCAUAGUUUCUUUUUCCAUACUAGUCAGUGAUUUUACCUAAAUUGUAUAUGUUUAUAAAGGGUUAAUUGUCCUACAUGAAACUGUUUUAAAUAAUUCCAUCUGCUAAAGGAGGAGGAUGUAGAAAUAGAAGCUGGGGUGCUAGUAGUUCAUAUGCUUACAAGUUGGUAAAGACUGAAAUAAUGUCCCCUGUUGGAUAUUUUGAGAUGUAAUAAAAAUUAUUGUGGUAAAACUAUUAGAAAAUCACAAGAUAUGUCCAUCAUAUUUUCCAGGACAAAUCAUUUUUACUGUGGGGCGAAUAGGCAAAAGUCGUAUAUUUUACAUUAGUCCUAAAGAAAAGAAUUUGUGGAGAAAUCUAUGCAAUAUAAUUUGUCCAAAUUAGUUUUCAUUUGAGGAAAGAAGUCUGAAAUCCUCCAGUUUACUCAUUUGAAAAUCCUCCAAAAAUAACUAUUGGGAAUCCAUGGUGUGGGGUAGAAAAGGAAAGCUCCCUCAGUUUUUUGGAGGGAAUAACUUUAAAAAUACUUAAAUGCUAAGUUUACUUGGUGCAGUUAAGAAUUAAACUUGUUGAUUUUAACAUUGCUGUUACAUCUGAAAUAAACUUAUGUGAUGUUCUGGUA